CGCGCUCCGAUUGUUAAAGGCACGAGACCUCAGCACCGCCCGGCCCUUAAACAGCGCUCUGUGCCUUUAAGGAGCGCGCGGUCCCGCGCACAUAGGCUCGUGUGCGCUCAGCGGUUCUUUUCGACCGUGGCCUUCGGCUCGGGGAGGAUCUGCGCGUCGAUCGCCAUUGGCUGCUCGCACAGCGGUGUGUGUGUGUGAGUGUAGCUGCGCAGCUGCGCGCUCCCCCGUCCCAAAUCUAAAUGAACAAAAAAUGCUGACGUACGAAAGCAGGAACCAGGAGGCGCCGGGUCUGCGGGACGCGUGAGCAGCGCGCUGGGGGAGACAGAGACGGACGGACAUAGGCAUCGAGCGCGCGAGACAACGCGGCCACGUUACAGGUCGGCACGCGCCGCGACAUGACGGAGAAAAGGAUUUCGCGCUGGUACUUCGGCGGCCUCGCCUCGUGCGGCGCCGCGUGCUGCACGCACCCACUGGACCUGCUCAAGGUCCACCUCCAGACGCAGCAGGAGGUGAAGAUGAGGAUGACGGGAAUGGCGCUGCACGUGGUGCGGAAUGAUGGCUUCCUGGCCCUGUACAAUGGACUCAGUGCCUCCCUCUGCAGGCAGAUGUCCUACUCCCUGACGCGGUUUGCCAUCUACGAAACUGUGCGGGAUAUGAUGGGCGGGGCCAACCAAGGGCCUAUGCCCUUCUACCAGAAGGUUCUGCUGGGUGCUUUUGGAGGUUUCACGGGCGGCUUUGUGGGGACACCAGCAGACAUGGUCAAUGUCAGGAUGCAGAAUGACGUGAAGUUGCCCCCCGAGCUCAGGAGGAACUACACCCACGCGCUGGACGGCUUGUUUCGCGUGUGGAGAGAAGAGGGUGUGAGGAGGCUGUUCUCAGGAGCCACCAUGGCUUCCAGCAGGGGGGCGCUGGUCACAGUGGGGCAGCUCUCCUGCUAUGACCAGGCCAAGCAGAUUGUCCUGAGCACCGGCUUCCUGUCUGACAACAUCUUCACCCACUUCCUGGCCAGCUUCAUCGCUGGAGGCUGUGCCACUUUCCUGUGCCAGCCGCUGGACGUGCUCAAGACCCGCCUCAUGAACUCGAAAGGGGAAUACACGGGAGUCAUGCACUGCCUGAAGGAAACGGCCAAGCUGGGACCCCUGGCGUUCUACAAGGGCCUCGUUCCUGCUGGGAUCCGCCUGAUCCCUCACACCGUGCUCACCUUCGUCUUCCUGGAGCAGCUGCGCAAGUACUUCGGCAUCGUGGUGGUCAGCUGAGCACCUCCCCCCCACCGUGGUCACGCCAGUCAUCAAACUUCCAAUCAAGCUCCACCCACCCACCGGGACCCCAGGAUGGACAGUGGGACCAGCCGCACAUAACAGGAUCACAACUUGACGCUCUGGGUCCUUUUCGGUGGCUGUUGGUUCGGCUGAGCCGUGACACCCCCACCCCUCCGUAGACCACGUGAGACCACAUAGAACCCGUACUCUGCCAGCGACACGUGGUGCACAGGCCCCACUUUUCUUUUCCUAGCGCCAGUUUAAAAAGCACACCCCUCUCUCCUGAGCCACUAGUCCCCUUUAAACCCUUGUUGCUUGGCAGGAAAUGACAUCACAGGAAACUAGGAAAAUGGGGCAGGGGGCUGUUGUUCCCUACCUCUGUCUCCAAUGCUUUCCAGCAUCUCCACCACCUUCGCCCCUUAAAGUGUACGCAUAUUGGGGGUGGGGGUUGGAAAAGUAAAGCAACAGCACCCGCUGUGUUUAGAGAGCUGCACUGCAAAAGGGUUCGCUGUAGUAAAUGGUUAAGGUGCUGCUGUUUGUUUGCUGCUCCACCCAGCACCCCCUUGUCCCCCAACCCAGAACAAUGUGAUAUAUAGUGAUAAUGCAGUAGGACUGGGAGAGAAUAAAGAUGAUAAUCAUAAUUGUAGCUGCUGCACAGAUUUAGAGAAAAGGGCACUUAACAGUAAUAAAUCUAAAGCGAUAUUACUUUAUAACUAUAAAGAUAAAAGUAAAUUGUGCUGUAAAUUGUCUAGCAUUCCCUGUAGUGCCUUUCAAAUGGCCUUCUCUCCCAGCAGCCUGCAGGGGGCAGUCUUACACUGUAUCUGGAGUGUGCGUGCGUGCGUGCGUGUUUAGGUAGCGCUGUGGUGGCGUUCUCUCACCCUGCACUAACACCCUGCUCGGUCCAGGGGACGAGGGCGGCGGCGUCUAAACACUACUGGAGGCUUUGGUCACUUGGCGGUGCUUUCAGACACACACUCGUUUUAAUAAAGUGAUGUUAGUUUUAGUAGAAUGCAGGUUAGUAAUAAAGUGCAAUGUAGACAUUAUGCACACACUUUAUUUUUAAAUCACCCCCAUCACACCUACAACACUGAGCGUGCACACACAGUGCCAUUCACACACUGUUGUACACAUGACAAGAUUGUAGUUUAUGGUGUAAACUCUCUUGUGUCACAUCACAGCUCCUGUGUUUUGCGCUCCUUGCAAAGGGCAGCUGGAAUUUGGGCGAAUUGUUGACUGGAGGGAUGCCGUCACCCUGCUCUCGUGGAAUUUGUUUCGCUUUUAACGUUGGCCGCGCACUUCUCAGGACCAUCGCCCUAAAGGUGCACCUCUUCUCAGCCCCUCUCGUUUGAUGGAUUUUCUGCUCCAUUAAUUUGCACAUUACACUGUGUCUCCCUCAUAUUCCUGCUGGGGAGUAAAUUAUCCCCCAUUACUGCAUAUAAAAUUUUAAUUAAGGUGUCCCGUUUGCCUCGCGCUCCUGCAUACCUGUGCCAGGGGUGCACUCGCUAUUGAUUCUGUUCACUAAGGAGGAGCACGCACCCUGCGUCUGUGUGUGUUUUGCUGCCCGCUGUGUCAUUGAGUGCGAGUCAGUGCCACUCUAGAGGUUGCCACUCGAACCUUGGUGACCCCCGUGACCCUGGUGGAGGUGUGCAGAUGCUCUGGGAGAGACACUGGAACAAGAGACAUGUGAUGAUGUCCAGUUGGCUCUUUGGCCUUUUCUUUGGUGAAUAAAGUUCUAAUGGAAAA